AGGAAAAGAAGUGGAAAACAAGCGUUGCAGAACAAUGAGAAAGAGGGGAAGAAGGAGCGAGCAAUGGUGGACAGAGUGUUUAUUGCAAGAAUAUGUCGAAUCCUGAAAAUAAUGGUCCCUAGAACACUUUGUAAAGAGACAGGUUAUUUGCUGCUUAUUGCUGUGAUGCUGGUAGUCCGCACAUACUGUGAUAUUUGGAUGAUUCAAAAUGGAACAGUCAUUGAAAGUGCUAUCAUUGGCCGCAGCAGAAAAGAUUUCAAGAAAUACUUGUUUAACUUCAUCGCCGCAAUGCCUGCUAUCUCUUUAGUGAAUAACUUCCUGAAGUAUGGUCUAAAUGAACUGAAACUUUGCUUCCGAGUAAGGCUUACCAGAUACCUCUACGAGGAAUAUCUUAAAGCUUACACGUACUACAAAAUGGGAAAUCUGGACAACAGAAUAGCUAAUCCAGAUCAACUCCUUACACAGGAUGUGGAAAAAUUCUGUAACAGUGUAGUGGACCUGUACUCGAACCUUAGCAAGCCCUUCUUGGAUAUAGUUUUGUAUAUCUUCAAGCUAACAAGUGCAAUAGGAGCUCAGGGUCCAGCUAGCAUGAUGGCGUACUUGAUUAUUUCGGGGUUUUUCCUUACACGUUUAAGGAGACCAAUUGGCAAGAUGACUAUUAUAGAACAAAAAUAUGAAGGGGAGUAUAGAUACGUCAACUCACGGCUUAUUACAAACAGUGAAGAAAUUGCUUUUUAUAAUGGAAACUUGAGAGAAAAACAGACUAUUCACAAAACCUUCCGUAAACUGGUGGAACACUUGCAUAAUUUCAUCCUGUUCCGGUUCUCGAUGGGUUUCAUUGAUACUAUCAUUGCCAAAUACCUUGCCACUGUGGUUGGUUACCUGGUUGUUAGUCGUCCAUUUUUGAACCUGGCUGAUCCUCGUCAUCAGAAUAGUACUCAUGCAGAACUUUUGGAGGAUUACUACCAAAGUGGAAGAAUGUUACUGAGAAUGUCUCAAGCUUUGGGCAGAAUAGUCCUAGCAGGCCGUGAAAUGACAAGAUUGGCUGGCUUCACAGCUCGAAUUACAGAAUUAAUGCAGGUUCUGAAGGACUUGAAUAGUGGCAAAUAUCAGCGUACUAUGGUGUCGCAAGAAAAAGAUGCAGAUAAAAAGCAAGUUUUGCCUUUGAUACCUGGAUCUGGAGAAAUUAUCAACACUGAUAACCUUAUCAAGUUUGAUCAUGUUCCGUUGGUGACACCUAAUGGAGAUGUUUUGAUUGAAGAUCUUAACUUUGAGGUUCGAUCUGGUGCAAAUGUUCUGAUUUGUGGGCCAAAUGGGUGUGGGAAGAGCUCACUUUUUCGUGUUCUUGGUGAGUUGUGGCCUUUGUUUGGUGGGCGUUUAACAAAACCUGUAAGAGGAAAGUUGUUCUAUGUUCCCCAGAGACCGUAUAUGACUCUUGGAACGCUCAGAGAUCAAGUUAUAUAUCCAGAUACUUUGGAAGAUCAGAGAAAGAAAGGGAUUUCUGACCAGGUGCUGAAGGAGUACUUGGAUAAUGUCCAGCUGGGUCAAAUCUUGGAACGUGAAGGAGGCUGGGAUAGUGUUCAGGAUUGGAUGGAUGUACUCAGCGGGGGAGAAAAACAGAGAAUGGCAAUGGCAAGGUUAUUUUAUCAUAAGCCUCAGUUUGCAAUUCUGGAUGAAUGCACCAGUGCUGUUAGCGUUGAUGUAGAAGGCUACAUUUACAGCCACUGCCGAAAGGUUGGCAUCACUCUCUUCACUGUCUCCCACAGAAAGUCACUCUGGAAACAUCAUGAUUUUUACCUGCAUAUGGAUGGCAGAGGAAACUACGAAUUCAAGAAAAUAACUGAAGACACAGUUGAAUUUGGAUCUUAAAGUCAUGAACUGAACUGCUACAGAGACUGAUGCUUACAGGAAGUGUGUAGACUGGCAGACAUUGUACCAUAAAACUACUCAGCUUGUUUUUUAAACAAAUUAACUAGGAUAACCCAAAACAAGCUGUUAAGCGUUUAUAUUAUGUAGGAUAUUGCUAAUUGUGUAUAUGUUGGUUUAAUUAUUGAUAUGUACUAAGAAUGUCCUUAUUCUUGUGGUUUAAAAACCUGCCUAAAUUAAAUUGGGCUUAAAUCAGUGUAACCUGAUUCAUCCUGGGAUGCAAACCAUUUGAAAUCAGCUGAUUUGACUUUUGUAGACCUUCUUUCCCUUCGGUGAAAAGCCCUGUUAAAAUUAGGGUUGCUACCUCUCUCGUUCCUGCAAAGCAGUCUUGGAUUUUUGCUCUGUUCUAUGCAUAUUUCUGAGUUAUCUCACACGGUGCAGGACAUUCUCCCAUCUUCAGAUCUGUGCCCCGUUAAAUGAAAGAGCCUUUUCCUUGACCAAGCCUUGUGAUGUAGCCAAUAUGCCCUUGCUGAUAAAGGAUGGACUGAACCUAAAAGACAAAACUAAUUCCUUCUGCUACAAAAAUUAAGCUUGUUCUUUGCUGGGUUUUGGAUUCUCUUUAACAUCUGUCUGUCCAUGCAAUUCUCUCUGCUGCUCCGCAGUCCCAUUCUUUCCCAGUGUAGCAAGAGCUUCAUCUAUCCCUCACCCCAGCUGCCCUUUUUCUGUCGGAGAAAUACUAUGGUAAUGAAGAGUUGAGAGGAGGCUGAAGGAGGAAAGGACUGACCAAAAAAAAAGAAAAAGGGAAAAGAAAAGUGAUGUUCCUUGUAUCAAACAAUCUUGUGCAUGUUUUCAGCUCUGAAGAAAUGAAUGGCUCCCACAAGUAGAAACAGAGACAAGAAUGUGGGUCCAGUCAUUCUUCUCUUGAAUUAGUAGGGGUUAGAAUGGACUCAAAAAUGUUAAUCUGUGAAAUAGCAGACUGUUGUCUGUCCUGUGUGUGUUCAGUCCUGCAAUACAGCAGUUGCUUUUCCAAGUUCCUCUUUUUCUCCCCCUUCAAAAAAUCAGAUCUGAUGGUUUUAGCCACCCUUCAGAUCUGAGUUUGAAAGUAAGUGAUAAUGGUACUUCCUGUUUGGUCUUCUGGGCUGUGAAGCCUAAAAUGAUGCUUUCAUCCUUCACAUUUAUUCUCUUAUUUGUCUUGAUUUCUGAUACAAAUUAUUCACCCGUGAUUCUCGCUAUUGUCUAAGAAUCUCUAGUCCCUGUUGGUUUUCUUGUUCCAGCUGCCAAAUCCCCUUGAAGAAACCAAACUCUUUAAAUAGUUUACUGUAAUGGUGUUUUCCAUACGAAUAAUUACUGUGGUUGCCAUAUGACUUUGACAAACAUAAAUGCAGCAAGGUGAUUUUUGUGAUUGGGGAGUAGGAAGGUAUAACUCAAACUGAAUUCCUGUUUAGGCUUUAAAACAAAAAUUUACAAUGCCUGUUGUACAGAGAAGGUCUAGUAGUUCUUUAGUGUUCCAUAUAAGGUAGAAUAUAGGAAUGCACUACAUGAAGGCAUGCAUAAAAUAUGCAAUAAACCUGUUCUCUGUGCAUCUUUUAUCAAGGGUUUAGACUAAAAACACAAACAGCUUUUUAUAAAAUGGAUAUGUACUUGGAUGUUAAUUUUUACCCCAUUUGAUUAGUCAUCAUCUUUCACAUUGAAGUUGCUACCUGUUAAUAUUUUUCCUUUUAUCAUAGUUCUUGCCCAUACCUGUCAGUACGACUGUUCUUUCGUAGUACUCAAACGCAAACAGCUAUCCUGGUAUAAGAAUCUGGUGACUACUGUAGAUUCAUAGUAUAAUGCAUCGAUGAAAAUCAAAACAGCCUCUCUGAAGUGUAGCAUAUUCAAGAGAAUAAGGUACCAGAAUACAUUUUUGUGCUUGGUCCACAAGAAGGCGAAUAGAUGUUUCACUUUACUAAUUUUUUUCUGUUCAUUCAGAUUCUCACAUCAGCCAUAACUAACAGGUAGCAGCAUGCUGUGGGUGAGGUGGUAGUCUUUUUUUUUAAUCGUAACCGUGAAAAUAGGGAUGCCAGAUGGUUCUUUUUUUGUGAAAGUUCUCAGCACAAAUGCAACUUCUUCUCUUGGAAGGGAUGUUUUAGUAGCCUUUCAGAGAGACAAAGGAAAAAAAAAACCAACUCUAAAAUGAGAAAGUUGCUAUUAUCCUUGUGACUAGGGCAGACUUUGCAGUGGAGUAGUGAACUUGGAAUACUUUAGUGUAUUUUUAACACUGACAAGCAAAACCACACACAGCACGCUUAUAUAGCACCCCAGCAGCCAAUCCCAAGGUACUUUACAAUUCAAUUGGUUAAUAACAGGUUUUUGUGUAAUCUCAGAUUUACUUUAAAAACUAAAACCAAAAAAAUUAAAAAUCCAACUCCAUAAGCAAGGAGGAAUAGGUUUGCCUUUAGAUGCCAUGAAGUCCAUUGAAACUGAGGAUGCUAGUAUCUCCUUAGGGCCAGGACUUAGCGUUUCUAAAUAUACUGGAAGGAAAGAAAAAUAUUCUUCUGCGCUUGAUUGUAAGAGAGGCUUAUAAAGAAAGUAUAAAAAAGAACGAUGUUUUAGAAUUAUAUUCUUAAAAGGCCUUACAUUAAAGUAUUUUGAGGUAGACUUGGUCUAAUGAAAGAUUGUAAAAAAUCUAAUGAAAACGAUCCAAGUCUCAGUUCUGUUGCAGAAUUGCACUGUGAUACUGUAUUUUAGCUGUUAGGUCUUUUUAAUAGCACAAGUUGGAAGUUUGUAAAUUGGAAUUCUGAACUAUCUUAGUAAGACAAAGUACUGAUGAAUGUUUUCAGUCUCAAACUGUUGGUGCUUUGAAGAUGGUACUGGUGAUAGUCAGGUGGCUGCAUUUCAACAGUGGUGGGAAACAUUCCUGUAUGUAAAUACUGUAAAGUGCUUUGGAGGGGGAAACGGCGCUAUAUAAAUGUAAGACAUUAAGUGCCUCUGAAAUAAUAAUAAAUCUAAAGAUAAAAUA